GUACUACAAACCCUAGGACCCAACCACUGGUCAUUACUCAAACCAACCUUUGAUAUACUCUCCACUGACAUGCAGUGGAAGAUCAGGCGUGUCCUAGCUCACAGUAUCCAUGAGAUAGCUCAGAUGUUAGGGUCCAAUAGAACAGUCUCUGAUCUGUUGUCUGUAGUGAAUGAGUAUGCUACAAAGGACCUUGAUGAUGUGAAGACUGGAGUACUGGCUCAUCUAUCGGAGUUCUUUGAGAUGUUACCCUCUGACAUUAGAAAGGAGAACUUCCCCUCUAUAUUAAAUGGGAUCCUGGACACUGAGAAUGAAAAGAACUGGAGAUACAGGGACUCACUGGCCGAGUAAGUGUACAUGUACAUGUACAUC